GGCAGCGCCUGCGCACGUGGUGUUCCCGGCGAGCGGCGCCGCGGCCGCGACCUGGGUUGCUUAGCGUCGCGCGGGCGGGGACCGGGUGUGAGUCGGAGGGGAGACCAGCACUGACGUAGGGCGCUGCGCCCCCGUGCCCCGGAGCAGCACCCCGAGGGAGCCCCCCCGAGCCUCCGGCCAUGGCUUCCCUGCUCGCCAAGGACGCCUAUCUGCAGAGCCUGGCCAGCAAGAUCUGCGCCCGGCCCAGCCCCGAGCCGCACCAGCGCAAGUCGGGGGGCAAAGCUCAGGGCUCAGAAGCUGCCGGGCCCCCAAAAAAGAAGAGGAAGAGGGCACAGAAGAAACCCCGGGAGCAGAGGGAGAAGGCCGUGGAGUCCAAGGCCCAGGCCCUGGGGGAGAAGCCUCGGGCAGCUUCCCAGGCCAGGAAGCCCUUGGCAGCCAAGCAGGAGAGGGCCUCUGGCUCCUCCGGGGUCCCUGCAGAUGGCCGGGCCACGGAGUCUGACUCCCUCUUUGCCCUGGAUGUCCUGCGGCAGCGGCUGCAUGAGAAGAUCCAGGAGGCCCGGGGCCAGGGCGGCACCAAGGAGCUGUCCCCCGCCGCUUUGGAGAAAAGACGGCGGCGGAAGCAGGAGCGGGACCGGAAGAAGAGGAAGCGGAGGGAGCUGAGGGCCAAGGAGAAGGCGGCAAAGGCCGCGGGGCCCGUGGAGGCUGCGGAGCCGGCCCCCGAGGCGCCCGGCCAGGAGGCGCAGGGCCAGGCGGGGCUGCUGUUCAACAAGGUGGAGGUGGGCGGCGAGGAGCCGGCCGGCAAGGCCCAGCGCCGGAAGGAGAAGCGGCAGAAGCUGAAGGGGAACCUGCCGCCGCUGACGGGCAAGAACUACCGGCAGCUGCUGGAGCGGCUGCAGGCGCGGCAGGAGCGGCUGGAGGCGCUGCGGGAGCAGGACGCGGGGCAGGCGCGGGCGCUGGAGAGCAAGAUGCAGUGGACGACGGCGCUGUACCGGGCCGAGGGCGUGCGGGUCCGCGACGACGAGCGCCUGCUGCAGGCGGCGCUGAAGCGCAAGGAGAAGCGGCGGGCGCAGCGGCAGCGCCGGUGGGAGAAGCGCACGGCGCACGUGGUGGAGAAGAUGCAGCGGCGGCAGGAGCACCGCCGCCAGAACCUGCGCAGGAAGAAGGCGGCCAAGGCCGAGCGGCGCCUGGAGAAGGCCCGCAAGAAGGGCCGGGUCCUGCCGCAGGACCUGGAGCGGGCCGGCCUGGCCUGAGGGCGCCUGGCGGCUCCGCCCUGGCCCCUGGCGCCCCUGCAGCGCUGGGCGGCCCCCAGCCCGUGCGCACUCACACUCACUCUCAGGCUGGGUCACGUGGGCGAGGGAGGACGUUAUUGAGAACAGGAGCCCAGGCCCCAGGGGAGGGGACCAGAUGGGCUCCCGCCUUCUCUUGUGACUCCGGGAACUACCUCCCCCCCCCAAGUGUGCAGGCUGAGGGGCGAGGGAGCAGUGUGGAGGCCCUGGGACUUGGGGCGCUCGCUGCUCCUCCCCUGCCGUGUUCACAGGAGCAGGAAGGAAAGGCCUUGGUGGCUGCCCGCGUCACUUGGAAGCGACAAAAACCCAGCGCCCGCAGCCCGAGCCCAGGAUGGAGCUGGCAGCUGGUCACUGGG